UAAGAACUUCUACUCACAAACAUAAUUUAAAUCUGAGCCAUUGAACUUAAAAAGAUGUUUAGGAUUUUCAUAUCAAAAAAUGAAAUCACCUAACUGAGUAUUUAAUGAAAAAUAAAAAAAAAGACACGGAUCUAUAAUAUCUAAUUACAAUUUAACCAUCCAUUUGGGCUGAAUUUGAACAAGAUAACCCAUUCAUGGUAUAAGAAAAAAAGUGACAAGUAUCAAAAUAUUGAUGAAGCAACGCAUUAGGUCUGUUCUUUCUAUAAUAAGUAUAUAGAUGACAGAGUAACUCUCCAAAAACCAUUCCUGUCCAAACUCUUACACAUGUUAGUUAAAGGAUGGCCUUAAUCCAAGCAAACUCUUCCCUCUAAAUUUAGAAAAACUGCAAAAAAUUUUGUGGUUGCAUGAAACUAAACCACAAAUUUUCGGCGCCUAAAACUGGAUGAUCGGUUUCCACGGCAUUUCAAUGGCUGGCAAGUCUUCAUAUCCUUCACCCUUCAUAUAGCCUCCCCUACCAUCAUUGUCUUCUAUAAGCAGCCUUGGGUGUUCCGAGGUCAGGGUAAGCAUGGAGAACCUUCUAAGAGCCUCGGGCUGCUUUCUUUUCUUUACAUUUUUAUUCUCUUCCUUCUCUACAUUCUCGUUUGCCCUAACCGAUGCUGAAGUAUCUUUCAUUACCGGUCGCCAGCUCCUAUCGCUCAAAGAAAAUGAAGAACUUCCUAACGAGUACGAGCAUGAGGUCGAUGUGAAAGUAACCUUUGCGAACCAGAGGCUCAAGAGAGCAUACAUUGCCCUCCAGGCCUGGAAAAAGGCUAUGUACUCUGACCCAUUCAACACCACCAGCAACUGGAAUGGUGCCAAUGUGUGCGCCUAUAAUGGUGUGUUUUGCGCACCUGCGCUUGAUGACCCCAAAUUGAGUGUUGUUGCCGGCAUUGAUCUUAACCAAGCUGACAUUGCCGGUUUCCUUCCUCCGGAAUUGGGGCUUAUGACAGAUCUUGCAUUGUUCCACAUCAACUCUAACAGGUUUUGUGGAAUUGUACCUGAAAGCUUGUCCAAGCUUAAAUUUAUGUAUGAAUUUGAUAUCAGUAACAAUCGUUUUGUUGGUCAUUUCCCCAAUGUUGUUCUCAAAUGGCCAAACGUCAAGUAUAUUGAUAUCAGGUUCAACAAUUUCGAGGGCUGUUUGCCUCCAGAAAUCUUUCAGAUGAAUCUCGAUGCUUUGAUCUUGAAUAACAACCGGUUCACAUGCAACAUUCCUGACACAAUAGGCAACUCCACAGUUUCUGUUGUGGUGUUUGCAUACAACAAUUUCACUGGCUGCAUUCCUCACAGCAUCGGCAACAUGCCUAACUUGAAUGAGAUUAUUUUCACUGGCAAUAACCUCGGCGGUUGCUUCCCAGCAGAGAUAGGAAUUCUUAGCAACGCAACUGUGCUUGAUGUCAGUAACAAUCAGUUCGUAGGAGGUUUGGCAAGCAGCUUUUCAGGCCUAAAGAAUGUUGAGCAAUUGAACUUGGCAAACAACAAGCUGACAGGAUUUGUGUCUGAGACCCUUUGCAGCUUGCCAAGCUUGUCAAAUUUCACAUUCUCAUCUAAUUACUUCAAGGGAGAGGCUAAAUCAUGCAUUUCAUCUUCUGAUAAAGAUGUUGUGUUGGAUGAUAGAAAUAACUGCUUGCCUGACAGGCCUUACCAGAAGUCCGCCAGGAUAUGCUACCCUGUUGUGAGCUGGCCUGUGGAUUGCAGCAAGGACAAGUGUUCCGGAGGAGGAGGCUCUUCAACACCAUCAUCUCCUAGGCCAUCAACACCUUCAGUGCCAACACCUUCAACACCUUAUGUGCCGACACCUUCAACGCCACCUUCAACAUCUUACGGGCCAACACCUUCAACACCUUAUGUGCCAACACCUUCGACACCUUAUGUGCCAACACCUUCGACACCAUCACCAUCUCCUCCCCAACAAGAAGUCCCUACACCUCAAACGCCAUCGUCAGAGCCGUAUAAUCCUAGUCCAGGUGGGCACAGAGAGUCACCAACACCAUCACCUGAACCUUCAAAACCUACUUCACCAACGACAUCACCAUCACCAUCUCCUGAACCUUCAGAACCUACUCCACCAGCGACAUCACCAUCACCAUCUUCUGAACCUUCAGAACCUACUUCACCGACAACAUCACCAUCACCAUCUUCCGAGCCUUUAGAAUCUACUCCACCGACAACAUCACCAUCACUAUCUCCCGAGCCUUCAGAACCUACUUCACCGACAACAUCACCAUCACCAUCUCCUGAGCCUUCAGAACCUACUUCACCAACAACAUCACCAUCACCUGAAUAUAACUCAUCAGAACCGUCACCAACCCCAUCUCCAGAGUCAGAGCCUCAAUCACCAACAUCAACACCUUCUCCUGAAUCUCCUCUCUCAUCACCAACUUCACCAACUCUUGAACAAUCUCCAUCACCACCAGGCCAGUCACCUCCUCCCACAACUCCUGAACAAUCUCCUUCACCACCAGGUCAAUCACCCCCUCCACCAACUCAAUCUCCACCACCACCUGUAAAUUCCCCACCUCCACCAGUGUACUCACCUCCACCACCCUCCCCACCACCUCCAGUCCAUUCUCCACCACCACCAGUAUACUCACCUCCACCACCUUCCCCACCACCACCAGUCCAUUCUCCACCUCCACCGGUACACUCACCCCCACCACCAGUCCAUUCCCCACCUCCACCGGUUUACUCACCUCCACCACCUUCUCCACCUUCUCCACCACCUCCAAUGCACUCCCCACCUCCACCGGUUUACUCACCUCCACCACCACCAGUCCGCUCUCCACCACCACCUGUCCACUCACCACCACCUCCAGUCCACUCACCUCCACCACCAAUCUAUUCACCACCACCACCAAGGUUCUCCCCGCCACCACCAAGAUUCUCCCCGCCACCACCAACUUCAUCUCCUCCUCCUACUCCUACAGUUGCAGCUCCACCACCAGAAGACUUCAUUCUCCCACCAAACAUUGGGUUCCAAUAUUCAUCACCACCUCCACCAAUGUUCCCAGGCUACUAAUUAAUAUAUCCUUGAUUUUUUUUUUUUUUGUAGUUCUGAAAAGCUAUAUUUACACAACUAAAAAUUCUGUGUCAUUUGAUGAACUUCCCGACCAGGAUAUGUAAUGUUUUUUUUUGGCAUUUGUCACUCUCUAUAGAAUGGAAGUUCUUACUUGAUAUUUGAUUUAAUUAGAGAUUUUUAUUUCAUUGCUCAUUUCGUUCUUCUUUCUCUCUCUUUUUAUUUUCUUUUAAAAAGGAUUUUCCCUCUCUAAUUACCUUGUAUAACAUCAGCAAUUCUAAUAACAGCGGCAGUUCUUUUCUCG